ACAGAUAGCAACAGCUAAAAAAUAAUCAAAGUACUCUUAAUUGACAUGGCUGUCAUGGUUACAUUCUUGAAUUUGAUUAUCAUUUUUUCAGUGGUUUCUACAGGAAAAUCACUCAGCUUAAACUACUAUGAAAAAUCAUGCCAUGAUCUGGAGUAUAUAGUUUUGAAGACUGUGACGGAUGCUACUGCUAGGGACAAAACUGUUCCAGCAGCACUUCUCCGAAUGCACUUCCAUGAUUGCUUCGUUCGAGGGUGUGAUGCAUCUGUGCUGCUAAAUUCAAAAGGAAAAAACAAAGCAGAAAAGGAUGGACCGCCAAACAUUUCAUUGCAUGCAUUCUAUGUCAUUGAUGAAGCAAAGAAAGCAUUAGAAGCUAAAUGCCCUGGUGUAGUUUCUUGUGCUGAUAUUCUUGCUCUCGCAGCAAGGGACGCAGUUUAUCUGUCUGGAGGACCUAAAUGGAAUGUUCCAAAAGGAAGAAAAGAUGGAAGAACAUCUAAGGCCAGUGAAACAAGACAAUUACCAGCACCAACAUUCAACAUAUCACAGCUGCAGCAAAGCUUCUCACAAAGAGCAUUGUCUGUGGAAGACUUGGUAGCUCUGUCAGGAGGGCAUACCUUAGGCUUCUCUCACUGCUCAUCUUUCCAGAACAGAAUCCAAAACUUUAAUGCUACACAUGACGUGGACCCUUCGUUACAUCAAUCAUUUGCAGCAAAACUAAAAUCAAUUUGUCCGUUGAAAAAUAAGGCCAAAAAUGCUGGCACCACUAUGGACCCUUCUGCAACAAAUUUCGAUAAUACAUAUUACAAGUUGAUCCUCCAACAAAAAGGCUUGUUUUCUUCUGAUCAGGCUUUGCUUGACAGCCCAAAGACCAAGCAAUUGGUUUCUAAGUUUGCCGCCUCACAAAAGGCUUUCUUUGAUGCUUUUGCCAAGUCCAUGAUAAAAAUGAGUAGUAUCAAUGGUGGGCAAGAAGUUAGGAAGGACUGCAGAAAGAUCAAUUAAAAAGCCUUAAUUUAGUUGAAGUUAAUUAUGAUAUUUCAGACAAAUUAUUGUGUGAAAAGUGGUGAAUCACAUUUUGAAGAUGGUAAUAAAAUUGUGUGUUUUCAUUUAUAGAGAUAUGUAUUCUUUUUUUGCUUUUUAAGAAGCAGAGAUAUGUAUUCUUAUAUCAGUGUUAUAAAAAUUCAAACUUGUCUUGGCAAA